CAGGGCGCCCUAUCAGGGCCGAGAAGGGGCGGGACGAGCGUCCCCGGCGCUCCGGCCCGACAGUAGCGAUGGAUACGGCGCCGGAGUGCUCAGCGCCCGCGGUUGGUGCGGGCGGUGUGCCGGGCGAGCCGGAGCAGGCGGGUUCCGGGGCGCUCACAGCGUCGCGAGCUGGAGGCGGGGCGGGCGCCCGCGCAGCCAAUCGGCGGCGGGGGGUGGGCCCGGGCGCGACGGAGGACUGAGCGGCGAGCGGACGGCGGGCCGGUGACGGUCGCUGGGCAGCGAGCGGCGGUGAUGGCGACCGUGAUGGCAGCUACGGCGGCGGAGCGGGCGGUGCUGGAGGAGGAGUUUCGCUGGCUAUUGCACGACGAGGUGCACGCCGUGCUGAGGCAGCUGCAGGACAUCCUCAAGGAGGCCUCUCUCCGCUUUACUCUGCCGGGCUCAGGCACCGAGGGCUUCACAAAGCAGGAGAACUUCAUCCUGGGCAGCUGUGGCACAGACCAGGUGAAGGGCGUGCUGACUCUGCAAGGGGAUGCACUGAGCCAGGCGGACGUGAACCUGAAGAUGCCCAGGAACAACCAGCUGCUGCACUUUGCCUUCAGGGAGGACAAGCAGUGGAAGCUGCAGCAGAUCCAGGACGCCAGGAACCACGUGAGCCAAGCCAUUUACCUCCUUGCCAACCGGGAGGAGAGCUACCAGUUCAGGACAGGAGCAGAGGUCCUCAAGCUGAUGGAUGCCGUGAUGCUGCAGCUGACCAGAGCCCGAAACCGGCUCACCACUCCAGCUACCCUCACUCUGCCUGAGAUCGCUGCCAGCGGCCUCACGCGGAUGUUCGCCCCCGCCCUGCCUUCCGACCUGCUGGUCAACGUCUACAUCAGCCUCAACAAGCUCUGCCUCACCGUGUACCAGCUGCAUGCCCUGCAGCCCAAUUCCACCAAGAACUUCCGCCCAGCUGGAGGUGCCGUGCUUCACAGCCCUGGGGCCAUGUUCGAGUGGGGUGCACAGCGUCUGGAGGUGAGCCACGUGCACAAGGUGGAGUGUGUGAUCCCAUGGCUGAACGAUGCCCUCGUCUUCUUCACCGUCUCCCUGCAGCUCUGCCAGCAGCUCAAGGAUAAGGUGGGCCAUGGUGUUGCUUGGCAACAGUAUCCUCUUCCUGACACAUGGCCCUUGGAUGACCUUCAAAUCUCACCUGGGUCACAGAGGGUGCAGCAGGGGCCAGAUCCCCUAGCACCACCACUCACCAUGUCCCCCCAUCUCCCUCCUUCCCCAGAUCUCUGUGUUCUCCAGCUACUGGAGCUACAGGCCUUUCUGAACAGAGCGCCCAAGAGCCUGUCCCCCUGGGAAUGGCCCCUGCCCAGGGAGUCCCUGUCCCCCCCCCCCCCCACACACACACACACAUAAACACACACGCACGCACCCACACACACAAAGUGCCGACCAGAGCUCGGCACUGCGGGCUAUUUAUUUCCCUCUUCACCCUGCCCUGCCUGUCACAUCUGCACAGAUGGGACUGAACACUGGACCCACUGGGAGGAAGUGACACUGGCGUGCUUUUUGUUUUGAAUGGGGGAGGUCAGGAAGGCGGAGCUUCAAGGUAGCCUAUAGUCCAAGCCCUGCCCUCGCCCCAAGGCAGGAACCUCUGGACUCAGGCUGGGGCCAGGCCCAGGGCUCUCCUUCCUCCCCUCUUCGCAGCCUGUCCUCCAGGAUGGCAAGGGGCAGCCACACACCCCCUCCCACUGGAGCCUGAGGAGUGGGUGGUGGCCCUAAGCUCUGAGUUGGGGAAGGAGGACAGAAGCUGCCCACCAUGAGCUGUAGUGCCCUUGACUGUGUUCGCUUGGCAACCCUGGCAGGGCCUUCAAGAAAUAAAGAUCAUCCGACUUUGCCUGGA